AAAAGUACUGUUGUCGCGCAAAACGUCAAUGCUACAGUCAAUGCAUUUGUUUUGAUAUUUCUUUGAUUGUGCAAGAAAGAUUAUGUUUAAUACUUAUUUUUGUUAUUAGAAAUAUACUUCAACAGACAUGCCACCUAAAAAAGAAAAAAAGAAGGAUGAUGAAAUUAAAGGGGUUUUCUCGGAGGUGGAAAAAGCCUUGUAUGAAUUGCAGUUGGCUGACUGCAAUAGGAAAGUAGCACGGCUCAGAUCUGCAGUCACUGAUUACGAAGUUCGUAAUGAAGAACUGCAAAAAGCGUACGAUAAACUCGACGAGGACAGAGCCGAUAUUAUCGCCUAUUUGAAAAAAACACUUAAUAUCAAGAAUGAGGAAAAUAUAGAGCUGAAGGAGAAAGUAAGAGGUCUUGAGGAACUAAGAGAAAUCGAAACAGCUCAGUUUAAAGAAACAGUUACAGAACUAGAAAAGAACUUCACUACUAUGAAAGAUCAACUGACUUCUGAAAAUAAACUACUAGCUGGGAAACUGAAUACGCUUGAAGAGUUUAGAGCAAUAAGAGACGAUCUAAUGAGGAAAUUUGAUAGACAAGAACAUUCUUUUGAAGAGCAGGAAAUGAAAUAUAAAAGAAUGCUUUACGAGGCUGAAAAAAAGUUUGUGAUUGGCAAAGAUAAGUUGAAACGAGAAAUGGAAGGAAGGCUUUUACAAUUAGCUCAGGAGUUUCAAGAUGCCAGUGAAAUGAGGAUUGCGGCUUCAACACAUCGAGUAAUUCGCGAAAACAUAGCUUUAAAUAAUCAAUUAGAUAGUUUAUUGCAGACACAAGCAAAGGUUGCUGAGCAAAAUGAUAAGUUUAGAGAGGAUGAACGAGCAGCUCGUAAUGCAAAGGAAGUAGCUGAAGAAGAACGAGACAAAGCAAUCAAUAAAAGUAUCGUACAACUUAAAGUAAUAGAUCAAUUGACGGCAGCUUUCCAAGAUGUGAAGAAACAAAAAGCUUUAUAUGAUAAGAAACAGUUUGAUAAUGAAAAACUGCAAGCGAAGAUGGAAAAACUUACAACAGACAAUGAAAAUCUUUUACUGCGAGUCCGCAUACUGGAACAAAACUUACACGCGUCCUUAGGAGAGCAAAACAAAUCUGUAGUAGAAACUGCUAAGCUACUCAGAGAAAUAGAAAAAUAUAAGAAGAUAUUAAAAGACUCCGCGUUUGCCGUACAAGCUGCGUUGAAACUAGAUCACUGGUCUACAUUGGAUCCUACGAGAGAAAUACUGGAAAGAGAAAUUGUUUUGAAGAAGAUUCUUAAAGUUAUAAAUCAAUAUCGUGACGCAUUUAGAGCGGAAUCUAUGGAAUCUUUAAUUUCCCUCAGUAAAAUAUAUGAGAAAGGUGAUCUUGGUUUUACACCAAAGCCUGUUUCUAGAAGAUCCAUGCUAUCUGCAGGAGGUUUGUUGGCGGCAUCAUUAGAGUCAGUUGAAGACAAACGCAGUGUUGGUAGUGAAAAGAGUAGUUCUACAUCGCUGGCCAGUGUCAAGACCGUACCUAGCAUUGAGCUGGUACCUGUUGAAGAUCAAGAGUUAGAGUCUCCUAAAGAAAGUCUGCCAUCUUUCACCAUAACAUCAUUGCAUUCGAGUGAACAAGAUGAAUCGGAGGGUGAAGAGCCUCUUGAGGAUAUGAAUGACAUUGAGAAGAUGCUAGCCAUAAGUAAGGCAGAAAUGCAAAAGUCGCUUAUGCGAGAUUUAGCUAUGUCUCAAGUGGCAAUGCAAUCGCAAUUGCAUUUGAGUAUUAGUGAUGAACGAAGAAAAUCGUCGCAUAUGCGAAUUACAAGUGAUAAGCACGGUGAAGAAACAUUUAAAAAGGAGAAAGCAGAGGAUGAAGAAACUGGUAAAAAGGAGGCUGAAGACACUAGUAAAAAGGACGCAGCAGAUACCGGAGAAGAACAAAUAUCCAGUGACCAAACGGAGGGAUCCAAUGGUCCAUCUGAUCAAUCUGAUGUUAGUAAACCAGAAGAUGGAGAAGAAAGGCAAGGAGAAUCUGCAGAUUCGAAAUCUGGAGAAGAAAAAGGUGGCACAGAAUAACAUUAUUUUUAGUUUGAGUUUUAAAUAAGUUUUUUUUCAAGUUUGUUUUCAUGAAGCUGUGUGUAGGGUAUAAAGUUAUUUUUAAUAUGGAUUUAAUUUGAAUUAUAUCUGUUUAAUUUAUUAUAGUUUUUGAAUGUU